AUGUUGGCAGUAAGAGAGCUGAUUGUCGAGUGUCACACCCAGGUUCCUAGCAGUCUGGGUGGGGGUUACCACAGAGUUGUCAAUGAGGUGAAUAUGAUUUCCAUCAAAAGGAAGGCUGGCAGAAAAUCGAAGCCCCCAAGUCAGAGAGUUGCCAGUGAUGUUGUAUCACUGGACGAUGUGGCGGUGAAGGGCACUAACAAGGAGGCUGCCACUGAAAUCCAGGCACUCAGGAAAAUGUGGAGAGGUGCCGGUGAGGUGGAGCCACUGGACGAUGAUACAGUGAAGUGUACUAAGAAGGAGGCUGCCACUGAAAUCAAGACACUCAGAAAAAGGCAGAGAGUUGCCGGUGAUGUGGAGCCAUUGGAUGAUGUGGCGGUGAAGGGCACUAAGAAGGAGGCCACCACUGAAAUCGAGACACCCAGAAAAAGGCGAAGAGUUGCUAGGGAUGUAGAGCCACUGGACAAUGUGACAGUGAAGGGCACUAACAAGAAGGUUGCCACUGAAAUCAGGACACUCAGAAAUAGACGGAGAGGUGCCACUGAUGUGGAGCCACUGGACGAUGAGACGUCGAAGGGCACUAACAACGAGGCUGCCACUGAAAAAGAGACACUCCAUGAAAAGCAGAGUGAUGGAAACAACGGCAACAAGAUUAACACUGGAUUCCAACAAAGUGAAUUCACUCCGUUAAUGGGCCACACCAACAUAGAUCACUUUAAGGCAGAGUACAUGCAGCUGCACAGGAUUGGGAAAGGCAGCUUUGGAGACGUAUAUGCUGGUACAAGAAGAUCGGAUGAAUUACCAGUGGCAAUAAAAUACGUCUGUGCUUCAUCAAUGAGCCAAAUUCUAUUGAGGUAUAAUGGGACACAAUCCUGGUACCCCAUGGAGGUGAUCCUCAUGCUUAAGGCCGCAGGUGGACCAGAGUCUUUGGGAAAAUAUGCAGCUGUGUCUUUACUAGACUGGUACCAUCUGGGCAAAAAGGUUGUUAUGGUUAUGGAGAGACCAUCCCCCUGUGUGACCCUCAUUAAAUACUGUGCACUGCGCAUUGAUCCCCUGAAAGAGAUGAAGGCAAAGGUCAUCAUGAAGCAGCUGGUGGAGGCAGCCAUUGAUUUGCACGCAAAAAACGUCUUUCACCGAGAUUUAAAACCAGGGAACAUCUUAAUUGAAUUUGGCCCAGACGGCCUUCGAGUGCGGGUUAUUGACUUUGGUUGUGGCUGCUUUUUAAGAAACAUACGUUAUACCGCUAUUUGUGGAACUCCUGAUUAUCUUCCUCCAGAGGUUUUCCUCCGUAAAGAAUACAUGGGCCUCCCUACCACAGUCUGGCAGUUGGGGGCAAUGCUCUUCAAAAUGCUGAGUGAAAACAGGGGGUUCUCCACAAAAGGCUUCCUCAGGAAGGACAUUGAAAUCUUGACAGUGUGGUCCCAAGACUGCCAGGACCUGUUAAAGAGGUGUCUGGCUAUAGAUCCGUGUGAGCGACCUAGUCUUUACCAAAUCCGGGAGCACCCCUGGUUCGACUGACCCUGCACUCAACAUGAAGA